AGUGACCGUAGCUACACAAGGAGCAAAUAUAGAAGUGACAGUUGUCUUGAAGAGUAGAAUGCUACUUAUUUUUAUGUAGAAGAGAAGCAUUGAGAAUGAGCAACUGUACAGGGCAAUGAGGUUGCGUGAAUGGGGCUCUGAAAAAUAUCAACAUUUAGGCUGAAUGUCACGUCCUGUAAAAAUAAAGGCUUAACUCCGCUGGCAGUACGGAUUUGAGAGAUUUCUAACCAGAACUCCUAAUUGAUGAUUUCUGGAAGAAACUUUUGAAGGCAGAAAUUUGUUGGAGGAUCACAAAUAUAAAAAGUGUUGCAAUGCUUCUGAUAAGAAGCAGAAGAAUUUUGAAUGAAAAGUCAUCAGAGCCUAAUGGUAUGCAGCCUUGGAAGGUGAAUGAAUUCAGGUAGAAGGUAUAAUACUUUUGAACAUCAUUAGCAACGUAUAAAUGUAGACAAGAUGCACAACUUCACUACGUUGUUUAAGUUGCUUACUGAAGAGGAAAAGAAUUAUUGCCAAAUGCCGUAUGUACGUUGUUGGAUGAAGCACGAGGCCGUGUGAUUAUGCAGACAUCCCAGCAUGAAGCUGAUGGACCUAUUCCUUGCCCGCCCAUCCUCCAUGCAUUUUCUGCUGCAGAGUUUACUGAUCCUGGUUCUGUGCUUUCACUCAGCCAGCAUGUGUCCCAAAGGCUGUAUGUGUUCUCAUGUCAGUAGCUUAAAUGUAAGCUGCAGCAAUGCAAAUCUCAAAGAGAUUCCCAAAGACCUUCCUCCAGAAACUGCUUUGCUUUACUUAGACUCAAAUCAAAUAAGGUCCGUUCCCAAUGAGAUCUUUAAAGACUUGCACCAACUUAAAGUGCUUAAUUUGUCCAAAAAUGUUAUCGAGUCCAUAGAAGAACAAGCAUUCAAAGGUGUGGCUGAUACCUUGCAGACUCUUGAUCUUUCAAACAACAAGAUUAAAAGUGUACAUAAAGACACAUUCAGCAAACUCAAAGGCAGGGCCCAGUUUUCUGACAACCCAUGGCACUGUGACUGCACCCUCCAACAGGCACUGCAUGGUAUGCCCUCGAACCAUGAAAUAGCCAACAAUAUCAUCUGUGAGACUGCAGCUUUGAAGGAACAUACUGGGAAAUCUUUGAUCAGUGCUGCAAAUGAAGCUGACCUCUGUAAUCUGUCCAAAAAAACAACUGAUGUGGCUAUGCUGGUCACGAUGUUUGGCUGGUUCACCAUGGUGAUCUCAUAUGUGGUAUAUUAUGUACGUCAGAACCAGGAAGAUGCAAGAAGGCAUCUUGAAUAUUUAAAAUCGCUUCCUAGCAAGCAAAGGAAGCCAGAGGAAUCUGAUGAUAUUAGUACUGUGCUGUAAUUUGUUCUAUUGAAGAAAAGGUUUUGAAAUAGAGUUUCUUGUGUGUUUAUUUCACUGGAUCUACUUUGCAGCAUUUAACUGCAAUGAAACUGAAGGCAGUGAAAUUCGACUGCUACAAGGUGGACAGAAAUCCAUGGUGUAUGUGAAAAAUGUAUGAAAACUUCUAGCAUUUCUACAAUGUUAUUAGUAGGAGAUAUUGCUAAGAGGAAUAUCAGGAGUCUGGUAUAAAACAAUUGAGGAUGUUUUCAGCUUCAGAAUGCUUUAUAGCAUUCCUGUGCCUAGUAAAGGAACGAUGCACAAAUGAUAAUGAAGAGCUGUCAAUAUCAUUGAUAGUCAUUUAAAAUGUAUGAACAGUUCAUAAUCGAAUAAAGUGAGAGUUUUCUUUUUACAGACUUUGGUUAAUCAUCGUCCCAUAUGUUUUGAGAUUGUGCUGCAGACCUGAAAAUAAACAAUUAAAUUGAAAACUAUUCAAGUAAAAGGGCCCUCUUGUGGCAUAGUGGUAGUGCCCCUUAUCCUGGACCAGGAGGUUUAGGUUCAAGUCCCACCUGCUGCAGGGGUGUGUAAUAAUAUCUCUGAACAGAUUAAUUAGGAAAAUAAUUUAAAUAUUAAAAAAAACUGUUCAAGUAAUUCUCUAAUGUAACUGGUAAAUUACCCUCAACCUGAGUACUCACAGGAGUAUGUCCAAAGCACAGUACGUAUUCUGCAGGAUGACAUGGAGGUCAUAUUAUGUUAGAUCCACACAGGCAAUAGGACAAAAAUAAAAUCUGAAAAUGACAGAACAAGCUGAUGUACUUUGCGGAAGUCAUCCUCUACUUGUUGAAGGUAUGUCUGAUUGUCGGUAGCUUCCGACCGUUUUGUUAAUUAGGAUAGGGUGUAGAACUCAGUGUGGCAGCUGAUCAGACCGUGGGCUGGAGAUUGGUGCCUCCAGUAGUUCAGUCAACCAAUAUGGCCAGAUGAGGAUCACUUGGAAUGGGAAUAAAGACCGAAGGGAAAGAAAGAUCGAUGAGAAGGAGAAGUCGAGGAAACUAUUCAUUGGAAAUUUUUCUUUCUUCACGUACUGAAUAACUAUAACAAAUUGAAAACUGUUGGGGUCAGGUACUGCAGCUGAGAAAGGUGCUCGAUCCCAAUUCCUCACUUUUACGCAGACAGCGAUUAAUUAUGGGUCUGAUUGUAGUUCUCCUUCUGGUAACUGUACAUAGUCACAACAACAAGAUUUCCAAUUGGUCUCAGUACCAUCACCCGUAUUAAUUAAUACAAAGUAAUGGCCAUCGUCCUAGGGGAUGUACCCAGAUAGGGCUACUCUCUUAUUAAGAGAGAUGCAGCUGGUGGUGGUUUAACAUGAGGGUCACCACACCUCAUGCAAGAGGUAAAGUUCUGGUAAUCUAGAAAACUGCCAGUUCUGUAACCUAUAAUAAACGUUGGUUGACUAUUUAGGCAGAAUUGGAAGGGAAUGUUAAGUAUCUAUCAAAAGAGAUUCUGAACCUAACUGAUUGAUGAUAAAAUCAACAGCCUGCCAUACAUUGUGAAAAUAUGAAUCUCUUAGUUGGUCUGGGCUUGGUAUUUUCAGUGUCAGAAUCCCUCAUACCUAUGCUUGCCAGUCAUUUGUGCAAGUAGACAAUUUCAAUUCUCCAGUAAUACCUGUUUGUACAAGUUUAAGAUGAGGGAAUGUUGAUAGCAGUGAAGCCAGGAUUAGAUAAGGUAGUCCAUGUUUUACUUAGGUAACAAUGUCAAGUAUGGUCCACUCUUUACUGAUGUGUCUGGCAAAGUGUCCACAACUGAAUACAGAGAUGUAGGAAUAACAUAUAGGUCACUCAGCCCUUUGGCCUGAUUCAACAUUACAUUUGAUCAUGGCUAAUGUGUAACUACAUUCCAUUUACUAAUAUAUCCUCUAAAUCAUUUGAUACCCUUAACGCAUAUCCAUUGAUCCCAUUCUGUAAAAUUUCAAUUGAUCUAUCUAAAUGUUUGGGAAAAGAGUUCCAGGUUGUAACUAUUCUUUACACGAAAAGCUGCGACUAGAUUUCAGUCCUAAAUGGCCUGGUUUUAAUUUUCAGGUGAUUCCCUUGUUCUGGCUUCUGGGAUGUGUCUGAUGCAACAUUAACCUGUUGAAACUCCUUGUCAUAGUUAACACACAGGAAGUUAAACUUUAACAAGGUACCACAGAACACACAGCAGAUGUCAGCACAUUCAGAAGGUAAAGUUGCUAACAGAAAUUGGUGAGAAAACUAAUAGAAAUCUCGCCUAAGUCGGACCCAUUGUAAAGUGCAAGUGUAAAAAAGUGAUACCUUGGCCUCUCAAAUAGAUAAUUAAUAGUGAAAGGAGUUAUUGAGCUGAUUAGGAGAGAAAUAGUUGACGGAUCUCCACAGAUUGGGCAUUCUGGCCAUCGUGGCUCUCAAAAUCGAAGUGAUUAACUUUAAGAAUAAGCACAAUCUAGCACAGAAUGCUUCUGAUCUCCUAAUAAGUGCCUGAAAUCUGUGUUGCUUGUUUAUGCAUUAAGUCUUACAUGAUUUCUGCGAGAAAAUACCUUUUC